AUGGAAACUCCCCGAGAACCUCAUUUCUUCAAGCCUCUUCUUCCUGGUUUUCAAAGUGGCGUGGCAAUACCACUUGACUUCUACUCAAAACACAUACAAGGAGCUGAGAUCAAUAAACCAUGGAAGCUAAGAUCGGACGCUUCGGAUAAAAUUUGGGAAGUGAUCCGAGAAGGCAGGACACUCACCAAAGGUUGGAAAGAGUUCACCGAAGCACAUGAUCUUCGAAUCGGUGACAUUGUCAUCUUCAAACACGAAGGAGACAUGGUCUUUCAUGUGACUCCUUUUGGUCCUAGCUGUUGUGAGAUUCAGUAUACACAUCCUCACAUCGUUAAGGAAGAAGCCGACGCGGAUGAUGCUCCUACUUUCUCAUACGACUACUGCUUCUUGGCUGAGGUUACUGCUACAAAUCAAAAGGACGACAAAAUGUUUCUUCCUGUGGAAGCUAUGAGGUGUGGUGCUUUGAACCAACAAUGCAAAGAGGUCAAACUUGUCAACAAGGAGGGAAAGUCAUGGACUGCGCGCUUCGGAUUUAGCGAAUCAGACGGCGCAUAUUACAUCAGCAGAGGGUGGAGAAAGUUCUGUCGUGAUAACAGAUGCACCAACGGAGAUUUGUUUGUGUUCAACGUGGUUGGAGACGGGACGACAACUCCAUUACUGUGUGUAUGUCCGGAAAGGAAGGAGUGUGCUGAACUACUGAUCAACCACUUCAGCAGAAUCGAUGGUAAGUCUUCUCAUUUGACUUGUUUGUGUUGUCUAUAUCUUCAAUGUUACUACUUUGCUACUGCUUUAACUUGUGUUCUCUUCUUCUACAGGUAGCAUUGCUUCUACCUCACGAAAUUAGAUGGUUCUUUUGCGGUCUUUCCUCUCUAUCAUCUUAACUUGUUUUUUUUUGUUUCAUUAGCAACUUAUCAACUUAUGUAUUUCGGUUUGUAAAACUUGAAUGGUUUUUCUAUGUGAACUUUUAUGCUAAGUUAAACAUUCUCGAACUUAAUUCCUUUGUUGAAUGCGUAGACUGAUCAUCGAACAAAAUGUUUCUAUGAAUUGAAUUUAAGUUAAGAAACAACAUAAAAUUUUAAAACAUAGCUUUUCUACAUUUGAAAACACAAACCAAAAUAUUAAAACAUAUCUUGAAACUACAAACUUAAACUCCAAAACUCUAAAUGAUUUCAUCAAUUUUAUAAUACAUUUUUAUAUUUUAUUCAUGUAUUCUCAAUAAUUUUUAAUUUAAAAAAAUAUUAUUAUUUUAUUCCUAUGAACUCUUUCUUCGGGUUCACUAAUGCAGAAAACAACAAAUUCGGGUUCAUAACUGCUCAUGGGCCCACAAAAAAAUAUUAAAAAAAUUUGGUGAAAUCCAAAGUGGGAUUCACCAAUGCUCAUGCUCUUAGAACCUGUGAUUAUGAAGAAUUCCGUAGAACUCUUGACUCUUAUGAUUUCAUGUGAGCGAAUUGUUGACAAGUUUAUAGUUUAUAGCUACGUGAUUCUAAAUAUUUUAUAUUUGAAUCCGAGAUCUAGACCGAACCCGAAACAAAAAGAAAACUCAAUUCAUAUCUGAUUUAAAAAAAAAUAUUCGAAUCUAAGAUGAUAUUUUGAGUUAUAUGUAUUAUCCAAAUCCAACAUGAAUUCAAACGGAAAUCCGAGACCAAAAUAAUCUAAAAAGUUGAAUCUGAAGAUCCAAAUUAGUGGAAGCACCGUAGCCUAUUGGUUAAGGUUUAAAAGCUUCUACACCCAGUUCUGGGGUUCAAAUCCCAGACUAUGCAAUUUCUUGCAGAUUGCACAGGAAAUCCAGGUUUCAAUUCCCGGAGCAAGCGAUUUAUUCAACAAUUAUGCGAUUACGGAAGAAAGGCUUACAAGAGUUUUUCAACAUGGUGCAAGUAAAUCCGGUCAGGCGUGAUCUUCAUAGGACGGCUCAAAUUAUGCGGUUAGGUGUAGAUCCUAAUAAGGCAGGUAGUGUUGUCGGUUAUCGAAUCGUCUUUGUAAUCUUUCUCAUAAUUGUAAUAUCUAAAUAAAUCCUCGACAAAAAAAAAGAUCCAAAUUAAUACAUGAAAAUAGUAUUUAAAACCUAAAUAAAUAAAUAAAAAUACUCAGUUUCAUGUUUAUUCUGAUGUUAUAUAUAAAAUUAUCUUAAUAGCCAAACCCAAAUUAAAAUAAAAUUGGAUUCAGGAUUCAAAAUGAAUCUUAUACAAAGACAAAAUCUAUACAGAACAUA